AUGAGUGCAAAUGAAAAUGCCGAGGUAACAUCAUCGGGUGAUGUUGGCAUAGAUGUUUCUGUGCUGAAAGAAGGGAACCUAGUCAUUAUAUUUGUCGUUGGAGGACCUGGUUCGGGUAAAGGAACCCAGUGUGCAAAGAUCGUAGAGAAGUAUGGCUUCACACAGCUUUCUGCGGGAGACCUGCUGAGGGCGGAGGUCGCGUCUGGAUCUGAGAGAAGCAAAGAGUUCAACGAAGUGAUGGAGAAGGGGGAACUACUGCCGAUGAGUGCCGUGUUGGAAUUGCUCAAGGAAGCUAUGGUUGCCAAAGCUGCAGACACGAACGGGUUUGUCAUGGAUGGUUAUCCCAGGGAAAUCAUUCAGGGUGUGGAGUUUGAGAAACAGGUGAAGGAUUGCUCCUUCGUGCUUUACUUCGAGUUAGCGGAAGAGGUGAUGAAGGAGAGGCUCAUGAAGAGGGCCGCGACGAGCGACCGCGUCGAUGAUAACGAAGAGACCAUGCUCAAGCGCCUGCGGACGUUCAGUGACGUCACAAUGCCAGUUAUCGAUCACUACAGGGAUAAACUGAAAACGAUCUCUGCCGCAGGGACGAUUGAAGAGGUUUUUGAGGAGACGUGCAAAACACUUGAUGAGUGCCUCCCAUCGUAGAUUGUCUCGGUUGUCUAUGCAGGGACAAUCGUUAACACUACAGGCUUAUCAGCGUGCACUUACUGGUUUGUUUAGCAGCUGUAACAUCAGUAGCAAGGCACUGAUAUCAAAUCAUGCGGCAGGAUGUACUGGGUCGAGGAUAUGCUGUGGUUAGACUAAUAAAUUGUGCUCUUUUAUAAUCUGGCGCUAUUCUAGGAUAUCAUCGGAAUACGUACAUGUUUCUGCGGCGCAAUAUCUUGGCCUAUGAUGUGGAAUGCGGUUCUGGCUUCUUUCCCUUUCCUGAAACAAAUAUUUGUAUGCAUUUCCCUUUCCCUAUUUUUCAUCGAUACGGAUAAUGAUUUGAGCGGGAUAGCUGGUUGCAGACCUAAUAGCGAUGUUGUGCACGAAGGUCUAGGUUGAGGUUAAGGGGUCAUGAUGCUUGUCUCAAUGUCAGCCUUAACCUUGCCGUAUACAGCCAACCCCGUGUAUGUGCGUCGCUUAAGGAAAACCGUGCAAGCAUCAUUUAUAAACAGGUGGCCGUUAUACAGAGGUGGUUUCAUCUGUAUAAUACUUACUUAAGGGAAACGUGACCAAAAGUGUCCGUUAUAGACAGGUGUUCGUUCUGUGGAGGUGACAGCUAUUACAAGUUUGACGGUAUAUUGCAAGUUGCAUGUUGUCCGCAGUGGUUCUGGGACGAGGUGGGUAAGGAGUAUGGAACUGAGUUUACCCCUCUGCAUGCAUUUAUUGGUUUUUAUUUGCGAGCGAACAUUGCCAGGUGGUCGAAGUGUAGAGUGCGUUAUUCGUGCGGUGGUAUUCUAAUACUGUGUACCAUUAAUCUGAUUCGUCAUUUUCCUUGAUUAAUCCUAUUGCUUAUUAUGGCAGUUGGAACUUUGCAUUUGUUCAUGACACGGCUUGGCACUGCCAAGGCCAGCGCUAUGCGUUAUAUAAUUGUGAUUUUUGUCAAUAAUUAUCUUUGCAUCCACGUUUACGGUCGCCUAGAAACAUCGUAACAUAAUGUUUGUAGGGAAAAUCGAUGAAAUUAUUGCCAUGGUUUGUUUUGUUGUCCCGUAGAUGUGAGUUGAGAGACGAAACGCGUGCAAAACGCGUGCAAGUUGACUUUGUAGGGUGAAUUCCUGCGUGCUUCUUUUUCAUUUUAUAUUCGUUUUAUAAGUAUAUACAUCGUUUGACGUCAUCAGUUUUAUCAUAAGCUAUAAGCAAGCAGUAACACAGUAUAUUCACCCAACAUGAAGUUUAUCAGCUUACAUUCCCUUUUGGAGAGAGGUUUUAUGGUGCAUAAUUAAGAAUUAGGUUAAUUACCACACGUCUAUAUUCAUUGUUAAUUAGACAGACCCUAAUUAAGACAGAUCCGUGACAACAAAGUAACUAUCGUGUUUGCAUCGUAUUCUUUUUCGUUGAUUUUCACGAAACGUUUUGUAUAAUUGUAAAUUUUAAAUUCGUUAGUUUAAUGAUGAGAUUUUAGUACCGUCUUAAUAUGACUAGAUAGAAACCUAUUUUAGGCUUGAUCUUGAUCUUGAUUGUGUACUGCGUCGACCGCGUAUACGCGUAUUAUGACGCAGGUGGUGGGGCACGGUGAAAUUAGGCACUCCCGGCUGCGACCGCGACACAAAUGGCGUCG